AUGCCGACCAACAUUGACCCCAAUACCGGGCUGUCCCGCGAAGAAGGCCGUGAGCUCAAGCUCCUGCACUGGAUCUACGAGCACCCGGAGCGAGAUGCCGCCGAAGGUAAUCCGCAAAAGGUGCUGGAUUUGAUCGAAGAAUUCGGAAAAACCUACCACUUGGUGAUUGUUGGCCACGAAAAAGGCCAACACAUCACCGACCUGAUCGCCGAACGCAAGCCGCAAGUCAUGAUUGAACUUGGCUGCUACGUGGGCUACUCGGCCAUCUUGUUUGGCGACGCGGUGCGCCGCGCCGGCGGAAAACGCUUCUACAGUCUGGAGAAGAACCCGGAGUUCGCAGCCAUCGCCAACAUGCUGAUCGAGCUGGCUGGACUGCGGGACUUUGUGCACAUCCUGGUGGGUCGCAGCGACGAGUCGCUGCACAAAUUGUACACGAGCGGCAAGGUGACGCAGGUGGAGCUCCUGUUCAUCGACCACUACAAGCCCGCGUAUACGGCCGACCUGAUGCUGUGCGAGCAGCUGGGCAUGAUUGUGCCGAAGGUGUCGGUGGUCGUGGCGGACAAUGUCCUGUACCCCGGCAACCCGCCGUACUUGGAGUAUGUGCGGAGCUCGGUGGAGAAGAAGCGGGAGGCCGCAAAGGCUGGGCCGGUGCGCAGUUACAACAAGGAUGGCAUUCCUCAGCGUACGGUGAACAGCUACCACACGCCGGAGGAGUCCCGGCCGUUGUUUGAAUUGACCGGCAACCCGAACUUGCAAUAUGAGAGCCGGAUGAUCCAGCCGGAGGGACAUCGGGACGCUAUUGAAGUGACCCGAUGUGUGGGGAUCGCCGAGUAG